CAGAGUUCCUGAAUUGAGGGCUAGGGGUCACCAGUACCUCCGCUUCUGGAAAGGGGUGGGUACUGGGGAGCUCAGUGGUGUGUGUGUUUGAGUCUGCCAUACCUAAUCUGGUUGAAAUAAGAAAGCAAAAGCUCAGGAAGCCCAGAGAAGACCUCUUUCUUUUUUGGAAGGCGCGGCUUAGCAGAGCAGGGAAAACCCGACCCCAGACCCUCCCCAAAUCAUUCGAGGAGCCGGGCAGCGAAGAGGCAGAAGCACACGGGCCCGUCCACGGCGCCCUGGGGUAAGGAGACCCAUGGAGAAGUUUCGGGCGGUGCUGGACCUGCUCCUCAAGCACCGCAAUGCGCUGGGUUACGGCCUGGUGAGCCUGCUGACGGCGGGCGGGGAGCGCAUCUUCUCCACCGCGGUGUUCCAGUGUCCGUGCAGCGCCGCCUGGAACCUGCCCUACGGCCUGGUCUUCCUGCUGGUGCCGGCGCUGGCGCUCUUCCUCCUGGGCUACGUGCUGAGCGCGCGCACCUGGCGCCUGCUCACCGGCUGCUGCGCGCCGGGCGCGCGCAUUGACUGCGGCGCAGCGCUGCGCGGGGCCCUGGUGUGCGCGCAGCUCAGCGCUGUCGCUGCGGUCGCGCCGCUCACCUGGGUGGCCGUGGCGCUGCUCGGGGGCUCCUUCUACGAGUGCGCCGCCAGCGGGAGCGCCUUCGUGGCGCGGCGCCUGUGCUUCGGCCGCAGCCCCGGCUGCGCGGCCCAGCUGCCGCUGGUGCCCUGCCAUCAGGUCCAGGCGCCCGACGUGCAGGACCUGCAGAAGGAGCUCAAGGCCCAGUCGCAGGUGUUGGGCUGGGCCCUGAUAGCAGUUGUUAUCAUUGUCCUCCUGAGUUUUACAUCCAUCACCCGAUGCCUAUCUCCAGUUAGCUUCCUGCAGCUGAAAUUUUGGAAAAUCUAUUUGGAACAGGAGCAGCGGAUCCUUAAAAGUCAAGCCACAGAACACGCAACCGAACUGGCAAAAGAAAAUAUCAAGUGUUUCUUUGAGUGUUCACAUCCAAAGGAAUACAACACUCCAAGCAUAAAAGACUGGCAGCAAAUUUCAUCACUAUAUACUUUCAAUCCAAAGGAACAGUACUACAGCAUUUUGCACAAAUAUGUGAACAGAAAAGAGAAGAAUCGAAGUAUCAGAUCUUCCAAAGAAGAUGCAGUGGUUCCUGUUCUUGGCUUUGUAGAUUCAUCUGAUAUCAACAGCACUCCAGACGUAUGACCUUAUGAAUAGGAAAAAAGUUCUUUUGAGUUAUUGAUUCAUUAAAAAAAAUAAACAUU